AUGUCGGGUGUGGUUCUGGGGGAUCCUGGGCCUGCCUUGCAGCUCCCAAAGCCGGGGACAGAGCUCCUGGUGAGGAGGUGGCCCUGGUGUCGCCCCACUGACCGCCUUCCCCACCCCGCAGGCACCGGUGAGAGCGGCAAGAGCACCUUCAUCAAGCAGAUGCGCAUCAUCCACGGGGCCGGCUACUCCGAGGAGGACAAGCGCGGCUUCACCAAGCUGGUCUACCAGAACAUCUUCACCGCCAUGCAGGCCAUGAUCCGCGCUAUGGACACACUCAAGAUCCUCUACAAGGACGAGCAGAACGAGGCCAACGCGCUGCUCAUCCGGGAGGUGGACGUGGAGAAGGUGAUGACGUUCGAGCACCAGUACGUCGACGCCAUCAAGACGCUGUGGAACGACCCUGGCAUCCAGGAGUGCUACGACCGGCGGCGCGAGUACCAGCUGUCCGACUCCGCCAAGUAUUACCUGACUGACGUGGACCGCAUCGCCACCUCGGGCUACCUGCCCACGCAGCAGGAUGUGCUGCGGGUCCGCGUGCCCACCACGGGCAUCAUCGAGUACCCCUUCGACCUGGAAAACAUCAUCUUCAGGAUGGUGGACGUGGGCGGGCAGAGGUCCGAGCGCCGAAAGUGGAUCCACUGCUUCGAGAACGUGACGUCCAUCAUGUUCUUGGUGGCCCUCAGCGAGUACGACCAGGUCCUGGUGGAGUCGGAUAAUGAGAACCGCAUGGAGGAGAGCAAGGCGCUGUUCCGGACCAUCAUCACCUACCCCUGGUUCCAGAACUCCUCCGUCAUCCUCUUCCUCAACAAGAAGGACCUGCUAGAGGACAAGAUCCUCUGCUCGCACCUGGUGGACUACUUCCCCGAGUUCGACGGGCCGCAGCGGGACGCGCAGGCCGCACGCGAGUUCAUCCUGAAGAUGUUCGUGGACCUGAACCCCGACAGCGACAAGAUCAUCUACUCACACUUCACGUGCGCCACCGACACGGAGAACAUCCGCUUCGUGUUCGCGGCCGUCAAGGACACCAUCCUGCAGCUGAACCUGAAGGAGUACAACCUGGUGUGACCGCGCGCGGCGCCGCCUCCCUCCGGCGCCGCCGCCUUCACCUGUGGCUCGACUUUAUUUUUUUCUAUAAAAAAUGAGGAAAACGAGAAGAAACGGCACAGCUGAGACGCCAGUGUGCCCGUGCCCGGGACACCGCCCUCUCCCCGUCGGUCCUCCUGCGUCUGGACGGCGCGGGCUGGAGCCGGCGCCUCCUCUCUCUUGUUAAGUUAUUGCGCCUGCCCCUGCUCUGCGCCCCCACUCCAAGAAGUAGGGGUGGCGGCACCGGGCUGCCCACCCCGGGAAGUGCCUAAUUUUUUUUUCUUUUUUGAGGAAAAGAGUAUAAAACCAAUUCACCUGGCUUUGUGGGUCUCAGAGACCCCCAAGCCCAUCAUGGUGCCCGAGUUGCUGUCCCCUGCUGUCCCUUUGUGGGGCUCCUUCGGCUGCUUGGGGUGCUCCCCCAGGUCUCCGAACCCAGUGUGGCUCCAGGGACCUGUGGGGACAGCGGGCCCCGAGGGACUGUCCCACCCCAUGCGGCUCUGGGACUCUGGGAGAAGGCGGGCUUGGAGGGGAACAGCAGCCUCUUUUGCUCCUUUUUGUAACUAAACAUUUUUUAAUUUUGUGGGUGUGACUGGUUUGACAGCCUCGAGGGUGGGGUGGGGACAUUUUCAGGUUACUCUCAGGUCUGUCCCCGGGAGCAGAGCGCAGGGACGCCGCCUGUGGCCCCUGAGGUGUGUGCAGGGCCCCUCCCAGCGCGUGAAGCCGGCACUUGCACUUUGGCCGUGGAGCGCAGUGGCAGCGGCGCCGGGGCUCUGCACUGAGUCACACCGAGGGCCACCUGCCCUGGGCGUGGAGGCUCUGGGCGGAGAAGCCUUUCCUCCUCUCAUCCACUGAACACUACACUGCAUAGCUUUUGUUUUAUUGUGCUUUUUAAUUUUUUUUUUUUGCACACUUGUACUGGGAACGGAUUGCCAGUGAUGCCUUUGACGGGCGUCUGUGUCCACCCUGUGCCCGCCCUCAGGCCUGGAGGGAGCGGUAGUGGGCACGGGGAUGACGGCAGGAGGCCCUGUGUUUCUGGCAGCCAGCCGCGGGGACCACUUCCUCACACCCAGGGGCCUCCUGCCUCCUGCAGGACCCUGCCCGUGCCAUAAAGUCCCCGUCAGGGCCUGGCUGGGUGCGGAGGGGCUCUGUCCACACAGCCCAGCACCUUGACGUCACAAAAAGGGAAUGGGACGUGGGGCGGUGGCACCUCAAGCCAGCAGUGUGAGCCCUUGGAGGCGCUGCCCUGCACAGGGCCGAUGUGCCGAGCGCCUGGGCCCACGGCUCUCGGGAGAGCCUGGACAGUAGUCCUCAGAGCAGUGCCAACCCCAGGCCCACUGCCCUCCGGCCACCCUCCCCAGGUGUCCCUGUGCCAAUUCCAGUGUCCAAGGCCAGCCGGCCGGCCUGGUGCACACACUCUGACCGUGCUUGUAUAUUACACAGUCCUGAUUUCAGACAACCUAACCCUCACCUAUUUAAGAGAGUAUUCUUAUUCUAUGAGACGCUGUUUUUAAACCUCUCCUCAUACGAAAUGCAUGUGCUGAGGGGCGGGGACGGGGAGGCAUCGGGCACGGUGGCUUCCAGCCCCCAGCCCACAGCCCUGGGGGGACACAGGGUCCACGCGGCAGGCCGGGUCCUGACCUGCGAAUCCACAGGUCCCUGAGGGAAACUGACUUUUCAUAUCUUUCUCCUGAAAUGAAUUCUGUUUUAAAUUGGA